AUGAUCAAGGGGAGCAAACAAAAGGUAGAAGCUGCCAUUCACUUAAAUCUACUGACUCCAAGUGAGGAGAGUAAAAUGAACACCUACCAUAAAUUGAGCAUGUUCUAUGUUGGAGACUUCGGUUUAGCCCGUGAGUAUGGAUCUCCUCUGCGCCAGUACACUCCAAUCGUAGUGACGCUAUGGUAUCGUGCACCAGAGCUGCUACUGUGUGGCAAGGAAUACUCAACACCCAUUGACAUAUGGAGCGUUGGUUGUAUUUUUGCGGAGCUCAUUACUAUGAACCCCCUGUUCCCGGGCAAGAAUGAAAUGGAUCAAUUAAAUCGGAUAUUUAAGGACUUGGGUACACCCUCAGAAGCAGUUUGGCCUGGCUACAGUGAACUGCCGGCAGUUCAGAAAAUGACAUUUGCUGAACAUCCUUCGGGCGGGCUACGUCAACGAAUUGGCAAAGACCUACUGUCUGAGCUUGGCCUGGAUUUGUUAAACGCAUUUCUCACCUACAACCCUGUUAAAAGGAUAACGGCGGAGAGUGCUCUCGAGCAUGCCUAUUUCAAGGAACAACCAGUGGCGAUCGACCCUGCAAUGUUUCCAACUUGGCCUGCAAAGUCGGAAGGCAACCGCCGCACGACGCACAGCCCGCGUCCACCGGCGGGAGGUGCUGCCUAUGCGCAGUUCUCCCGUAGCGAUUCCGACGAAGCCCUGGGUUUUCAACUUCAUCGUUCAGUUAACGUGGCACCGGGCUUCUCUCUCAAAUUCUAG